CAUGGGAGGCUCGCCGGCGGGGGCGGGGGCCGCGCAGCCGGGGAGUUUCAGGAACUGGCGGAGCGGGCGGCGGCUGGAGUCGCCGAGCGCCCACACUCGGGGCCGAGGCGGAGCUGCCGCCGCGCCGGGGCCCAGCCGUAGUCGCCCUCAGCGUCGCCUGCCCGCCUCGGGUCGACCGCGCGGAGCGGGAGAGGAGCCGGCAGUCCCGGGCCGGGGAUCCGCCCGCCAUGGCCACCAAGGCACGGGUUAUGUAUGAUUUUGCUGCUGAACCUGGAAAUAAUGAACUGACGGUUAAUGAAGGAGAAAUCAUCACAAUCACAAAUCCGGACGUUGGUGGAGGAUGGCUGGAAGGAAGAAACAGCAAAGGAGAGCGAGGCCUUGUUCCCACGGACUAUGUCGAAAUUUUACCCAGUGACGGGAAAGAUCCAUUUUCUUGUGGCAAUUCAGUGGCCGACCAAGCCUUCCUUGACUCCCUCUCAACGAGCACAGCUCACACCAAUUCAUCAGCUGCCAACAGUAACAACCAGGUCAGCAGUGGCCAUGACCCCUGGUCAGCCUGGAGCACCUCCAAACCUGGGAACUGGGACAGCACGGACGGCUGGGGAGCCAGGCCAGAGGGGACUGCGGCCCCAAGAAACUCGUCCAGUAACUGGGACAACGCCUUUGGUCACCCGCAGGCCUACCCCGGACCAGCAACUGGUGACGAUGACGACUGGGACGAAGACUGGGACGACCCCAAGUCGUCGUCUCCCUACUUCAAGGAUUCAGAGGCGGCCGAAGCAGGCGGCAUUCAGCGCGGGAACAGUCGUCCUGGCUCCUCGUCCAUGAAGCUGCCGCUUAACAAGUUUCCUGGAUUUGCAAAACCUGGGAUGGAGCAGUAUUUGUUGGCUAAGCAACUAGCCAAGCCCAAAGAGAAAAUUCCUAUCAUUGUUGGAGAUUAUGGCCCAAUGUGGGUUUAUCCUACCUCUACCUUUGACUGUGUGGUAGCAGAUCCCAGGAAAGGCUCCAAAAUGUAUGGGCUGAAGAGCUACAUUGAGUAUCAGCUAACACCCACUAAUACUAAUCGAUCUGUAAACCACAGGUAUAAGCACUUUGACUGGUUAUAUGAACGUCUCCUGGUUAAGUUUGGGUCAGCCAUUCCAAUCCCUUCUCUUCCAGACAAGCAAGUCACAGGUCGCUUUGAAGAAGAAUUUAUCAAAAUGCGCAUGGAGAGGCUUCAGGCAUGGAUGACCAGGAUGUGCCGUCACCCAGUAAUUUCAGAGAGCGAGGUUUUCCAGCAGUUUCUCAACUUCCGGGAUGAAAAGGAAUGGAAAACCGGGAAGAGGAAGGCUGAGAAGGAUGAGCUGGUGGGCGUUAUGAUAUUCUCCACGAUGGAGCCAGAAGCCCCUGACUUGGACCUGACCGAAAUAGAGCAGAAGUGCGAGGCCGUCAGCAAGUUCACCAAGGCCAUGGACGACGGCGUGAAGGAGCUGCUGACCGUGGGGCAGGAGCACUGGAAGCGAUGCACCGGACCGUUACCCAAGGAGUAUCAGAAGAUCGGCAAGGCCUUGCAGAGUUUAGCAGCAGUGUUCAGUUCCAGUGGCUAUCAAGGAGAAACGGAUCUCAACGAUGCAAUCACAGAGGCGGGAAAGACUUACGAAGAGAUCGCCAGCCUCGUGGCAGAACAGCCAAAGAAAGACCUCCAUUUCCUGAUGGAAUGUAAUCACGAGUACAAGGGGUUCCUCGGCUGCUUCCCUGACAUCAUCGGCGCUCACAAGGGAGCAAUAGAAAAAGUGAAAGAAAGUGACAAACUGGUUGCAACUAGUAAGAUUACCCCACAGGACAAACAGAACAUGGUGAAGCGUGUUGGCACGAUGUCUUACGCCUUACAAGCUGAGAUGAACCACUUCCAUAGUAACCGGAUCUAUGACUACAACAGCGUCGUCCGCCUGUACCUGGAGCAGCAGGCGCAGUUCUACGAAACGAUUGCAGAAAAGCUGAGGCAGGCCCUCAGCCGCUUCCCGGUUAUGUAGGACGGAUCGUGGAACGUGAAGGAACCUCCAAAGUGGCUCCUUCUGGCCCAGGGCAAUGCAAUUUAAUGUUUUCCCCCCAUCAUCCAAAAGAAAGGAAAGAAAGAAAACCAAAAAAGAAAUAGAGCUGCAAGAAAACUACACUUACUUUAUUACCAGCCUAAAUGCAUCAGUUAUAUAGUCGUCUUUUGUUCUUUUCUACAUCCAUUAUUUAAACCAGUGAAAAUUGUCUCUAUUUUUGGAAAGUACUUAAAAUUACCAACAUUUUGAAUGGAAAAUUAGAGGGUUCCCCACUGAUAUUUUACAUAAAAUUGUAAUUUUUAAGUCACCCACAAUCUUCCAGUUCUUAUCCAAGGUCAGAUAAUUAUUAAUUGCUUUCUUAAAAAUAUGAAGUAUGCCAGAAUAAAAAAAAUAUGUUUGUAUAUAUUUUUAUAAUUCUUUUCAAUGCUUUGGGAUCCCCGUCUCUUUUAUGCCUUUCACUGACAAACACCUACGACUCAAGUGCUUACAUUUCUCAGGAGAGGAAGCAACAGGGGCCUGCCGGGGGCUUGUCCCUCCAGAGGCUGCAGCCUGUCAGAAGCUGCCGGCUGCGUCCCUUAGGAACGCUUCUCAUCCGGGAGGGGCGCCCGCUCUCCCGGCGCGUCCUUCCUGAGCAUGGCAGGCUUGGUGCUGGGGAGAGGACGUGGGAGAAGUCGGAGUGGUUUUCAAAUACCCUGACUCUGCCCCCAGGGGCAGGGCAGCCACGCUGACCCGUCCCCACCUCCCCCCAUGCUCAGGAAGGAGCGCCCCAGGGUGGGCGUGGGGGACAGACAGGCUCCUCCGGACCUGUUGCCCUGCUUUUAGUCUUCGGGUGCCCAGUGAGACGCAGUGAGGAAUGAGAGCAGGGUUUGCCGCUUGCUUUGGGUUGUAGCCCAGUGGGCCAGCUGGUACUCAGAAGAGAGAAAAACGCGGCUUCCUAGGCCUCUCGCAUCCCCUCCUAAUGGAAAAGCUCAAGGGCCGAGAAGGGCAGCGACCUGGAUGAUGCGCGCUGACCCCCAGGCAAAUACAGAGUGGCGUUCCUUCUGACGCUGUCCCAGGCUUCAAACAGAUGCCUCCGGUCACUAGAGCUUCAGUUAACGGCCCGAAGCACUGCCGAUCUGCAGGCCCAGACGGUCGGCCUGCCGGCUGCGCGCUCGGCGCACGGGCGCACCAGCCUGCACACUUGCCUUACCCGUACCCGUGAGCUCCACCACUUCCGCUUUUCUGACCUGGGGACGACCUUGCAGGAAGUGGGACGUCGGGGCCCCGCACGAAUAAGGUGAAACCAAAAACUAAGUAGGAAAGGAAAUCAGACGGACAUGAAGGAGAACUUCUUGUUCUUCAGAAUCACGGGUUUUUGUUAAUGUUUUAUAAGGAAUUUUCCCUACUUGAUUUUUCUUUUAUAAAAUCUCAUAGAACAGUGUUUAUGAUAUACCAUUUAAUAUAUGUACAAAUUGUAAAGAAUAUGUAUAAAUGUUUUACACAAAUGUAAAAGCAUGUAGAAGCCAACAUAUAAAUAAAUUGUUUAAAAAAACUGUACAGUAAAUUCUCAAAACACUUUUU